AUGCCUCCCCUGGAAUCUGCUUCAUCACUCCCCACUGGCGACGAGUUCAUUACUGAAUCCAACGCAUCUCGGGGGGCGUCAUGGACACAGUUUGAAGAUUCUACAAUGGCCACUGCAUCAGGGACAGGCACUGCUCCAGGGCCCGUGACCCCUGCCCAAAAUGACGAUAUUACGCCGUGGCAGCGCAUGGUGUCUGCGACCGCCGGCAAUGUCUUGACCGGGCUUCUAGUGACACCUCUGGACGUUGUACGAGUCCGUCUACAGUCUCAAUCACAGAUUCAUAAUACUUCGCCUUUUACCUCCCAUACCACCCAAACCUUAAAAAACCUUCCGCCAAACCUCGGCAUUACGUCCUGCUGUCGCGAAGUCUUCUGGAUCGGAAACGAUGCCCAGAUGUGCAUGCUCGGACCUCAGGCUGCGGCCGUCGGAACCCACCCUCAUCCCACGAUCGAUUGUGCCAUUGAAGAGUCGCAGCGGCGGACAUUUACAUCGACCCUCGACGGGCUACGGAAGAUUGCGCGCAAUGAAGGAACACUGACAUUGUGGAGAGGGCUCAGCCCGACCCUGAUGAUGGGCAUUCCGGCCAACGUUAUUUAUUUUGCUGGCUAUGACUGGCUGCGGACAGAUGAUCGGAGUCCCAUCAAACAACGGGUGGCUGAGGGCUAUGCACCCUUAAUCGCUGGAUCUGUUGCUCGCGUCGCAGCAGCAGCAGCAACCAGUCCGCUAGAGAUGUUUCGGACGCGUCUCCAGGCCAUUCCGGGGACGGGUGCAGGACACUUUAAGGCCACCGUGGAGGAUCUGUAUCAUAUGACGCAAGCGAAGGGAUACAGUUCGCUCUGGCGAGGAUUCACUCUUACCAUGUGGCGCGAUGUCCCCUUCUCGGGUCUUUAUUGGUGGGGAUACGAAGAGGUGAAAAAGGCCAUGAUUGCUGCGCGCCAGCAAUCACUGCCUCAUGUGCGCUCUGGCCAAGAGCCUCAAGAGUCAAGCGUCCAAGCAUUCCUCGAUAGCUUCAUCUCGGGAGCGGUCUCUGGUUCCUUGGCAGCAUUUGUCACCACCCCGUUCGAUGUUGGUAAGACGCGCCAGCAGGUCUUCCGACACUCCGACGACCGCGUUCCCACAGGCACAGCCGUCCCCCGCGCGGCACUACCUCCUGGAAAAUUGGCACCAGAGCAACUCUCCCUCCCUAAAUUCCUCAUGCAUAUCUUCCGUGAAGAAGGUACUGCCGGGUUGUUCCGUGGCUGGACAGCACGAUGUCUCAAAGUCGCCCCAGCCUGCGCCAUCAUGAUCUCAACCUAUGAGCUUGGCAAGCGCAUGGCUCGAGAGGUUAAUGAACGGCGACACUCCGACGCAUAA